UUCAGGUUUUACUAAUUUUUUAUAGAGAUGCGAUAUUCUGGCGAAUGGUCUGGCGACAUUGACUUGGUCAAUGAAAAAUUUUCUCAAUCGAUUUCUCCUUUGAUUAAGCAAUUCUCUUAAAUUGUUACUCUUUGUUUCAUGUUCUUCAACUAAUUCUCUUAUUUUCCCCUUUUCUAGUUUAAUUUUUGGUGUAGAUUUGGAUAAUCUUUGUAACCCCUGCUAUGACCUAAACUAGGGUUUACUAAUUUUUUUAGAUUUUCAGUUUUAUCAUUUAGAGAUUGUUGAUGAACAAAUAUAAUUAGAUUUUGAUUACAAUUUUCUUCACUUUUCGAUUACCUUUUCUCAGUUUGACCCUAAUUUUUUCUUCUCUUUAUCUUUUAUUCUAGGUCAUGAGCUAAUGGAGAAACAGUCAUGGAGUUCCAGAAAUCAUCAUGAGAUUCCGUAAACAGCAGGAAUCUUUGGCUUGUCAGGCAAAUUAAAAUGUAUGGUUUUGGUUCAAGAUUAUAGAUAUCAAUACAGUCUCUUGGUUACAGAUAUCAAUUUGGUCUCUUCGAUGCAGAUUCUUCACUAUGUCUGGUAUUCUCUGAUUGUAUAAAUGGUUUUUGACCUUGAGAUUUUGAUUGAAGACUUAUCAGAAUGAUUUGAGACCCUACUUUAUGUAGGGAUUAGAUAUGUAUAGAAACCAUAAACUAUCAUAGUUUUCACAGAUAAUGAUUUUGGAAAUGGGAUUAUUUAUCAUGAUUUUUCUUGUUAACAAAUAUAAGAGCAGAUUGAUAACAUCUUAUAGAAGAUUAUAUCUCUGAAGAAGGUUGCUUAUUACUGUUAAUUACUCUUCUCAAGGUGUUAGAAGAAGUGUUAAUUUUUUAUAGAUACUUAAUUGGAAUAUUUUACUCAAAUCAAGAUGUUCUAUUUCUCUUAAUCUUUUAGUUUUUCAUUGAAGGAGGUGUUAUCAGGUCUUUUACUACACAUGGCAACAAUUUUAAUUAGCUAAGUCUCUGGUAGGCUCUGAUCAUGUAAGAGAAUAUUAUUACUCUGGUUUAAUUCUGGCAUUAAUUGGUUAUUCUUAAAGAAAGAGUUGUCAAAUCUUUAAUGCAAGCAUGCAGCAUUAUCCCUCUCAUACCUUGGAGUCUCUGAGAGAAGCAUUUAGACUAGUAGGUCUACUCCCUAGCCUGCAUUAGAUAGUCAGAUCAAUUUUAUUGCUCAGCUGUAUCAUUACUUCUAUGUUUGCCAUGCUUAAGAUUCUCUUAAUUUCUUUUUAUCUGAAUUCAUUGCUAUUUAUACUACAAGUGUUUUCAAUUCAUCAGCACAGCCAUUCUUCAACUCAAUACCUAUCUUGUUAUCUACAGAUCAGUGUUUCAACUAUGGCAUUACCUGCAGAACAUGUUAGAGUUCUUGAUGUUGACUCAGAUGUAAAUGAAUUUCCAAAUAGGUUUGCUGCACUGUUAUGUGAUGAUACCAAAAACUACCAUCAAACCUCAGUCAAACAUCAACUAAAUAGAAUCUGGCCUAUUUCUGCAGCUGACUUUAAGCUUGCAAAACCUUACAUUCUUGGAGGCGCUAUCCAAACUUGUUUGUUGUAAUGUUUAAGAAAUCUCAAGAUAGGGAUAUUGCUUUUCAAGCUAGACCAACAUUGGUCUUUGGUCAACUUUUUGCAGUUCAACCUCUUAAAGAUUUAGAGUCUAUCUUUGAUCUUGUUUGGAAUGACAUCCUCAUGCCAGUGCAGAUACUGAUUCAUUCUGAUCUGGUCAACAAAGGUUUGGUUCGACAAGUUUUUGAUCAACUUGGAAAGUUUGUUUCUGCUGAUUCUCCGGCUGGGAAUUGGUAUGAAGCUAAGAUGAUGGUUCCUCUGAAAGAACCACUAACAAGAAAGGUUGUAUUCAAUUCUAGUAAGAGAUCUUAUAUUAUGUCUGCUUUUUACCCUAAACUUCCAUUUCGUGCUUGCAAGAAAUGUUUUGUCUUGUAUCAUAAUGAAGCAAAGUGUAAUGAGAUUCUGUCAAGGAUUGUGGUUACAGCACUGCCAGCACCCUCUUCACGUGCUACUCAUGUUGCGGUAACAAACGUCAAGCCACAAUCUGUUGCUGGAGAAAGCUCGAAGCCAAAGAACACUGUCAGUGAGGAUAACAUUAGUGAACAUUCAAAACCUUCAGCCUUCUCCAUCAGUCUCCAGCCUUCAGGAUGUAUUGGUAACAGAAACUCAGCUUUUUCUCCUAUUGUUGUUCCGUCUGUUCUACCGCCUGUCUUACCUCAUAUGACUGCACUAACCAUUAGAGAGUCCAUGAAUCCUCAUACUCCCCCCCAUACUCAAAGUGCAGUGUCAAGCUUUGUGUCGCAUUUUAAUAAUUUCACCCUUCGGGAUUUUGGUAAUGUGCAAGACCGCAAAGGAAAGAGGCCUAGAACAACUUUUGAAUCAGUUUAUUUGGAGGCCAUCUCCUUUUUCAUCAUCCUCUGUAAUGAUGCCGACUCCUAGAUGGCCUCCGCUUACAUCUGCUCCUCCUUUUUCUCCCCCUGAUAUUGCCACAUUUAAUAUUGGAAGUAAUGUUAGUUGGGCAACUACUUGUACUACUUUCUCCCAAUUAGUUGUGUCUUCUUCAAACUAUGCUUGCAGUUCAGUUUCAGAAAUGAACUACUUUUAUCCCGCAUUCUAUUGAUCAAGUCUUUAUGAGAGAACCCUCCCAGAAUGAAGAAUUUAAGGAACCUAUUAUGCUAGAACCUAUGCCACUUGCCACUCUUCCUCCGGAACAGAUCAUUACUGAUGAAGAAUUUGAACGAGAAGUGGAUCUCAUGAUGAUGGAUGGUGACUCUAUGGCUGUGGAUAUCUCCAUGACUCAUGACCCUGAAAUAUAAAAAGUUCUUGUGCGGACUUUGGUGUGAUGUCAGAUGCAGUAGGAGCUGAAGCUGUUGCUCUAAUUUUGGCCAUCUCUUGGGCAGAAGAGAUGUGUCUAUACAAGGUUGUCUUUAUUAGUGACUGUCUUCAGUUAGUUCAGCACAACAAUGGUGUUAAUACUAGCAAUGCCUGGAGAAGCAGUGACUUUCUAGUGCAAUGUCGGAAGAAGAUUUGAAAUUCAGUGUCUUUUAAAAUUAUGUACAUUAAGCGUGAUAAGAAUAAACUAGCUGACCGGCUUGCACGUCGGGCUAGAAAGCUUAGUCUCAAGAAUCUGAUUUUAAUUAUAUUAAACAUACUUUGUUGCUAAACCAUAAAAAAGUUAAACAUAUAGAAAUAAAUA